UAGACAUCAUUCUUGAUCAGCCGUUUUCCCAUACAUUUCCCCAAAUUCUCUUGUGAGUUUUCAUAUCAUCCAAACACUCCUUUCAUUUCUCAAAACACACAGAACAUUCCUACAAAAAUCAAACAUCAGAAUUUCAUUUCCUUCACUCCUUUUUCUUGAAAACCCUCAAAUCCUUCACAACUCAAACACAUAAACUUCUUCUGAAACACUCACACUCCAUCUCUCGAUUCCCUAACACAGACAACAAUUGGAUUAUAAAAAUUGAUGGGUAAGAAAUGGAAUUUAAUUUUUUUUUAUUUUAACGGUCACAUUUGAAGGAGGGGCCCACCAAAAUUGGAUCGUCGCCAACGUCAACAACUCGCCGUGAAAACGACAUUACAUGCAUGUCGUCAUGCUUCUUGUCUAUAAAAGCCGAUCAUCUUGCACCUCGAAACCCUUCGUUGCCAUCUACUAGUCGCGACAAAACUGUCGGCACCAUCUCAUUUUCAGAUAUGUUCGGCUUUGCAACGAGGAGCAUGGCUGCACCUUCUCGUCCUCGGGUUGUAGCGCUAGCGGAAAUCCGACCACCACAAGCUCAAGUUUUUAUUCUCGCUACCCAAGAAAAUCAAAUCGUCCUACAAUUUCCCGGGCCUCCUAGUCCUGUUAACCAAGUGGUAAUUCAAAUGCCCAGAUAUUCCUACAUACCAGCCCGUUGGUAAUGUUCAGGUGUCCCCAAAUUCUGGAAGGAGGACAUUUAUUCCAGAUGUUGAUGAUUUGAUUAAACCUCAGAUGCAUAUGACGUUUGAUUCGCUGGAAAAUGCGUAUCUUUUUUACCAAAGAUAUGCUAAGGCGGGAGGUUUCACAGCUAGGAAGGGUACUCAAUACGAGCCUCGAAAGGGUUUAAUACAUAAUAAAUGGUUCGUAUGCUCAAAGGAGGGUACUAAACCCUUAAAGGCGAUUGACUCGACCCAGGAAGCUGGUAGUUCUAAUGUUAACUCGAAGUCUAAGAUUACUCGCAGGGUUCCUUCUAUAAGGACCGGAUGUGAAGCGUGCAUUCGGGUUAAGUUAAUGAAACCGGAUAAUCUUUACGUGGUUUAUUACUUCGAGGAGUCGCAUAAUCACUCAUUUGUUGCCGAAGAUGACAGGUACUUGCUUCCUGAAAACAGAUCUAUGAAUUACGUACAGGAAGAAGCCGUGAAUGCUUUGAGUGCCAUAAACGUUGGUCAAGUUAGAGCGUUUAACAUUAUGAGGACUCUUUAUGGACGUUUCGAUAAGGUAGGCGCAACUAAAGUUGACUUCAAGAACUUUAAGAGAGACUUAAAUAGGUAUAUAGCUGAGUACGAUGCUGACAUGGUUAUCAAACGCCUAAGAAGGAAGAAAGAAUUUAUGCCCAAUUUCUCUAUGGAAUACCUUACAACUGCCGAGGGCGUUUUACGUGCGUUGUUCUGGGCCGAUGGUGAUACAAAGAGAAAUUUUAAUAUUUUUGGGGAUGUUGUGUCGUUCGAUGCUACUUAUCGUCGUAACAAGUACAAUAUGAUGUUCGUACCUUUUACCGGCGUUGACAAUCACUAUCGUAAUGUUACCUUGGGUGCUGCUAUUAUAGAGGAUGAAACUGCCGAAACAUAUAGCUGGUUGCUCAACGCAUUUCGGCAGGCGUUUGGGCGCGCACCACCUGUGAUUGUAACUGAUCAAGACCCCGCGAUGAGGAAAGCUAUUCAAGAUACUUGGCCUGAAAGUAGGCACAGGCUUUGCAUGUGGCAUAUAAUGGAGAAACUCACUACCAAGGUUGGCGCCAACCUAUGCAAUAGCACUGAUUUUAAGAGGAGGUUGUGUGAUAUUGUUUGGACCGAUGCCUUACUGCCAGAACAGUUUGAAAAUAAAUGGGGUGUUAUAUUGGCUGAUUUUGAUUUGCUGAAUCAUGAAUGGUUACAGUCAAUGUAUCAGAUUAGGGAUACAUGGAUCCCUGCAUAUUAUCGCGAUCAACACAUGUCUGGGCUGAUGCGUACCUCAUCACGUUCGGAGAGUGAGAACCACUUCUUUGGGCAGUUUUGCAACCCGAAUUGUACCCUUGUUGAAUUCUUGGGCCAUUUUGAUUCUGCAAUCGAAGCCCAAAGACACGAGCACAGGAAGAAUGAUCACGAUACUAGGCACACGAACCCCCAAAUACUUGCAAAAGAGUUUGUCUUAGAGCAACAGGCGGCAAACAUAUACACACGGACAAUUUUCUUUGAUGCGCAACUUGAAAUUCAGACAGCCAUUCACAAGUGUGCUGUUGGAAAAUGGGAGGAUAGAGAGGAUAACUUUGUGAACUUCUCUGUGAAGGACUUUUCUCAAGCGUGUACUACAUUUUUUCAGGUUAUGAUGCGGCAGCUAGACAUGACCGUUAGUUGCUCAUGCAAUAGGUAUGAACAAUUUGGGCUUCUGUGUGCGCAUAUUUUUUGCGUUUUGCGGCUUCUUGAUAUCAGGCAGUUCCCUGAAAGGUACAUAAUGCGACGUUGGACAAGGGAAGCUGUUCCUAACAGUGCGCCGGGAGCAAUUUUGGGGAUUAGUGAAAGUGAUGAUCGGUACCAGCAAGUUAAUGGUGUUGUAAGGGAGAUAACAAGGUCAGCCGAGUCUCUUAUCAACAGGUUGGUUUAUAACUUUGAUGCGUUGUGCGCUUUUAGGGACCAUGUUGCCCAGUAUCAAUCGACCGCUGAUCAGGCAGUCGUGAACGCUCCCCCUAGGAGUCGUCGCGAUAGGUUUGCUGAAAUAACUGGAUACAUGCAAGAAACACCUGUAACUGUUCGUAUGCCGAAAACCGUUAGAUUUAAAGGUAUGGGCAAACCUUCCAGAAUGAAGAGUAAUCGUGAAAUUGCCAUUAUUCAAUCUGCGAAGAAAAAAAAGGGUCGCGAGUGUGGCAAUUGCAAACGUAUGGGCCAUAAUAGACGUACCUGCACGUACCCGGCAAGGGAAAAUGCCGACGACUCCUCAGAAAGUGAUGAAGCGGAUCUUGAAGGAGACGACGAAGAGGAGAUAGAAGAUGUGGCUGGUGAAGAAGACGAUGAUGAGGACCUAGACGAUGAAGAGCAAGAGUAGUUGAUCAAUAAAUUAUGCAAACUUUGAGUUUUUUUUCUAUUUUUUUAAUGACGUUUAAUUUUUUUGUUGGAUUCCUUGUGUUUGACGUUUUUAUUACUUAAUGACCAGGUCGUUUAUCAUAUUU